CUAAAGAGCUAGGGGGAUUCAUUCCCGAGUGACUCUUUCCUGCUUAAGAAAACCGAAUAAUUUCCUGCUUUAUUUCUGCUUUUAGUUUAAACAACAAUCACUUACUCUAGUUGGCUAGAUAACAGAGAAUCACUGAGUAAGCAGUAGAUCUAGAGCCCGGGUUGAUAAUAUAACUUGCCUGUUACUGCAUUCCCGGUCUGCGAUUACACUUGGUCGCAGAUUGGUGUUGUGUUUUGGCGUGUCAAGUUUUUGGCGCCGUUGCCGGGGAACCCUCUAGGUUAUUGGGGAAACGUGAGAAUUUGUUACUCUAGCUUUUAUUUUCUGUUUUUUAUUUCUUCCACCUGUGUGCCUUCACGGGUUGUUUCUGCUGAUAGUGUGCAGGUAGUGCAUGACCCGUAGCCAGUCGGGAGAUCUACUACCACUAGACCAAGAGCUUGAACGAACCUGCAGAAACUUCAAGCGGGCUCUAAAGGCGCGACUGGCUGCGGAGGAGGCGCUAUCACAGCUGCAGUUAGAGGAGGAAGAAGAAGAGAUGGCUGAACCAGGGAACCAUGCUGUGAUCCCCGAGGAGCAGACCAUGGGCUCCUACUGGACCGCUAGGGCUGCGGACAUGAGGUCACCCAUUCAGCACCCUCAGGUCCCAGCCAACAACUUUGAGGUAAGCACCUCCGUGAUCACCAUGCUGCGCGGUUCAGUAGUGUUCCGUGGUAAGGAGGGAGAGUGCCCUCGAUCACAUCUCAGGCGAUUCCACGAGCUCAUCGAUGGAAUCAAGAUCAAUGGGGUACCAGCAGAUGCCAUCCAGCUGAGGUACUUCCCAUUCACUCUGGAGGGGCAGGCCAAGGAGUGGCUAGACACUCGAUCUCCGGGCUCCAUCACCACGUUCGCCAACCUGGCGGACAAGUUCCUCACCCGCUACCAUCCUCCAUCCAAGACAGCUGACCUGCAGAAGCAAAUUACACAUUUUGUUCAGGAUGAGGAUGAGACCAUCAGGGAUGCAUGGGAGAGGUACAACAGUCUUUUCCUCAGGUGUCCAAAUCAUGGUUUCAACGAUGCGUUCAAGGUGGGCACCUUCUAUCACGCCCUCUUCCCGGAGGACAAGCAGCUGAUCGAUUCGGUUUGUGGCGGGAACAUGCUGACCAAAACCCCGCCACAGCUGAAUCAACUCUUUGAAGAGAUGGCGGAGAAUGGUUAUGAUUGGGGCACUGCCAGGAGAUCGAGGAGAGCACCAGGCCGGGGUGUGCAUGCUGUGGGCACCCAGUCAUCUGAUUUGGUGCAGGUAGUAUCGAAGCUGGUCUCGGCUAUCGAUCGUUCCGGGAUGAUUCCAGGGACCGGACAGCAGCAGGCGAUGCUCUGCCAGUGGUGCGAGAGCACCCAUCAUAUGGUGGAAGACUGCCAGGCGAUGAAGGAAUCGACCACACCCCAGGAGCAGGUGAACUUCAUCAACAAUGUCAGGCGCAAUGACCCCUACAGCAACACGUACAAUGAGGGGUGGCGCCAGCAUCCUAACUUCUCCUGGGCUGGGCCAAAUCCCAGACCACCAGCUCCACAGGGACCACCGGGCUUCCAGAGGCCACCAUAUCAGCCCAGACAGGGGCAAUUCCAGCAGCCAGGUGCAGCCCCUGCUGCCCCAGUGCAGAAUGAUCAGAUGGCUGAACUGCGGGACUUGGUGGGUUCUCUUGCCAGUGUUAGUGCUCAGAAAUUCAACACCUUUGAGCAAUUCAUGGAGAAGGCCUCGGGUCAACUCCUGGCUCUGGAAGCUGGUCAGAGGAAUACACGGGCUGUUUUGCAGGAUAUCCAGACCCAGCUGGGGAGCGUGGCCCAGGCAGUGGCUCAAAGGGCUCCUGGUACUCUACCAGGGCAGACCAUCCCUCACCCGCCGACCCCGAAUGAGCGCUGCAAUGCCAUCAUGACCAGGAGUGGCAAGAUGACUGUUGAUCCCCCUGCUCGGGAACCGGAGGAAGAAAGCCCUGUCUUAGCGGCUCCAGUGGUUGAACAGGAAGUAGAGAAGGAAGUUGAGGUGCCUGCACCUAAACCGCAACCAGUAGUGAAGGAGUAUGUCCCUAAACUCCCUUUCCCUACUCGGUUGCACAAAGACAGGCUGGAGGCAGAGUUCGAGAACUUCAUGGCCAUGCUUAAGAAGCUGAAUGUCCAAGUGCCCUUCCUGGAGGCACUAUCGCAAAUGCCAAAGUAUGCGAAGUUUCUGAAAGAGCUUCUCUCAAAGAAGCAGAAGCUGAGUGAGCUGGCCACGGUAGAGCUCAGCGAGGAAUGCUCGGCUAUUCUGCAAAACAAGCUUCCGCAGAAGAAGAAGGACCCAGGUAGUUUUACUAUCCCGUGCUCUAUUGAUAAAUUGCAUGUAGAGAAGUCCUUGGCGGAUUUAGGUGCUAGUAUCAAUGUUAUUCCAUAUAAAUUGUUCAUGAAACUAGGCCUAGGUGAACCCCGUGCUACUAGGAUGACCCUUCAAUUAGCUGACAGAUCUGUAGUGCAUCCUAGGGGUAUAGUGGAAGACCUUCUGGUUAAGGUUGGCAAAUUCACAUAUCCCGUGGAUUUUGUUAUCUUGGACAUCAGUGAGGACACAGAAGUGCCUCUUAUACUGGGAAGGCCUUUCCUGGCCACCGCCAAGGCUCUCAUAGAUGUGCAUGAUGGGACCUUAGUUUUGAGGGAUGGCGAGGAGCGAAUAACGUUUUCUGUUGCUGAUAAUAUACCUGCUUCGUCACCUCUUCAUGCUGUAUCUCACCAGGAGCACGAGUCUGUCGUGUAUCCUUCUGUGCUGCCCAUUUUGCAGGAACCGCCUCCCACUGGCGAGGAGCGAAUAACGUUUUCUGUUGCUGAUACUAUACCUGCUUCGUCACCUCUUCAUGCUGUAUCUCACCAAGAGCACGAGUCUGUCGUGUAUCCUUCUGUGCUGCCCAUUUUGCAGGAACCGCCUCCCACACCUUCGCCGCCACUCCGGACCACUCCUUCACCCAAAGAACAGAUCAAGGAGGAGUGGCGGCCGAAACUGCAGGCAGCUAAGCCUGCUCGAAAGAAAGCCGGAGACCACUAUGAGCUGGUCCCGCCCCCUCCUUGGCCAUCCGAGUAUUCACUCGCUUGCAUCCUGCCGGAUGGCCAAGUCGAGCUGGCGAAUGCAGGUGGCCACAUUCGUCGCGUGCAUGGCCACCAUUUGAAGCUGUACCUCAAGAGCGAUGUGGAUCCACUCUUGAAGGCACCUGAUCCUACACUUCCCUGAGCAUCCAUACUGGCGUCCAGCUAAAAGACGGUA